AUGGGUGCACAGGCCUCCGAAGUCCCAGCAUACAUCCUCUCGGCGCUCACCUCGGUGGGUGGCAUCACCGGCUACGUGCGCACGGGCAGUAUCCCCAGCAUCACCGCCGGCCUCACGGUUGGAAUCCUGUACGGUCUCGGUGGCUUCCGCAUCUCCAAGAAACAGCCGUACGGCGUCGAGCUUGCGCUCCUAGCCUCUGUGUUACUCGCCGGCAGCAGCAUCCCCCGCGCCAUCAAGACGGGCAAACCCCUCCCCGCGGGGCUAGGCGUGUUGGCCGUCACGGGACUGCUCAUAUACGGCAGAGCGUUUUUGGCCAAGUAA